GAAGAAAAAGUUGUAGCUUUAUAACAUGAACAAUUCCUGUGAAAAUGAUCAGAAUCAGCACAAGCUUCAAGAGGGCGGAGUUAACUGGUCAUGUGACGCGCUGGAAGUAAGCGGUUCAGUUAGACUGAGGUGAGAGAAAAGAUCCAGACCGGAAGCGGAAACCGAAAUAGAAAACGAGAGAAGAACCGAGUCAGUCAUCUGGUUACCGAACUGACAGUGAAUAAGAAAAAGGAGUGGUGCAUUGUACAUUGGAGGAGUGAUAACCUCGCCUCGUAUGCGGAUAUGAGCUCCCAGCAGUUCCCGCGACAAGGCGCUUCCAUUGCACAGCAGCAAAUUAUGAGCAGUGGAGCUCCUGUGGUGCAGAAUUCUGCAGGAUCAGGUGGUGAUGAGUCAGCUCGAGAUAUGGAGAUCCAGCCUCGAGACCCUCUUGGUACCAAUACAGGCCUUCCACCUCGUGAUGAUAAACAGGAGCCCGUAGUAGUUAGACCUUAUCCUCAGGUCCAAACACUGACCCAACACCAUCCUGUGCAAUCGGCUACUCCCCUAACCAUGAUGGCUCAGUCUGCUCACCUCACCUCUGCUGUCCCCUUGUCCUUUCCAGAGGGCAUUCUGAAGAAAUUCCCUAUUGAUGUCUUCCCACAGCCACCCCUGAAACCUGCCAUUCCAAGUCGACCUAUUGCCCCAGCACCUCCCUCUGCCCUUUCGGCUGUUCCUAAAGUCUCUGGGCCAGUGACAGUCACCAUGGAGAGUGGCCUUCCACAGGCUUCUGCUAUUCCUGUUGCUACCAUCAGCGGACAACAAGGGCAUCCUAACAAUCUCCAUCAUAUCAUGGCAACCAGUGUCCAGAUGUCAAUAAUUCGCAGCAAUGCCCCAGGAUCUUCAUUACACAUUGGAGCAUCCCAUUUACCUAGAGGAGCUGCUGCUGCUGCAGUAAUGUCCAGUUCUAAAGUAACUACUGUUUUAAGACCAGCUUCUGCACAGAUUCAGAGCGCAGCUGCCCAGUCAGCAGCUCAGCACAUUAUACACCCUCCUAUUCAGUCUCGCCCUCCAGUGACCUCAGUUACAUCGGUUUCCCCUGCUGUGGUAGCCACAGUGUCUGCUACUCGAGCACAGUCACCAGUCAUCACUACCACUCCAGCUCAUGCUGCUGAACCAGUGCUUCGGCCAACACUGUCCAUCCAACAGCAUCCACCUCCUGCAACAAUCAGCAUUCAGAGACCAGCACAGUCACGUGAUGCAGCAACACGCAUUACACUUCCAUCACAUCCUGCACUGGGAGCUCAGAAACAACAGCUGCACCCGAUGGCACAGAAGACUCUAUUUGGUACUGGAAAUCCAGUAGCGGCAGCUACUGUGGCUCCAAUUCUAGCAACCAACUCUUUGCCUUCAGUGACAACAUCAGGCUCUGCUCCUCACACACAAGUUCCAACAAGUACCAUAGUUACUAUGACUAUGCCAACUCACUCUUCCCAUGCUACAGCAGUAACUGCAUCCAGCAUUCCUGUUGCCAAAGUGGUCCCUCAGCAAAUUACCCACACUUCCCCUCGCAUACAAUCAGAAUAUGGAGCAGAGAGAGGCAAUCUCAUACCAAUCCCAAGUCAUCGAGCUUCACCAAAUCCCAUGGCUAUGGAGACCAGGAGUGAUAACAGGCAGCCUGUUCCAGUGCAGUUGCAGUACUUUCUACCUACGUAUCCUCCAUCUGCAUAUCCUUUGGCAGCGCACACAUAUACUCCAAUAACAAGCUCUGUGUCAACCAUACGACAGUAUCCAGUUUCAGCACAAGCUCCCAACUCAGCCAUUACAGCUCAGUCAGUGGCUUCAACUGUCCACUUGAACCCAAUGCAGCUGAUAAAUGUAGACACUUCCCACACACGUCAUAUACAAGGGAUCCAGCCAGCACCGGUCAGUGCGCAGGGGAUGCAGCCAACUCCUUUCAGUACACAGAGCAUUCAGGCAACACCAAUCAACUCCCAGGGAAUCCAGCAGUCUUCAAUCAACACACAGGCAAUGCAUCCUGCAGCAUCCAUAACGGCACAGGGUGUUCAGACUUCAACAGCCAGCUCCCAACAAGCUUCAAGUGAAGCAAAGGCUUCUGUUGUUCUAGCAGAUGGUGCCACAAUUGUUGCAAACCCUUUAAACAGUACGUUUAGCACAGCUCCUACUGGUGCCACUGUCAUGCAGGGUCACAACCAGAGUCCUGGAAUUGGCAGUGCCCCUGCUCAGGGUUCCUCCCCACGACCAAGUAUCUUGCGUAAGAAACCUGCCACUGAUGGACUGUCUGUUCGGAAAAAUCUGAUCCCUUCUCAUCCUGGUGAUGCAGUUAGUCCUCGUCAAGACAGCUCCUUGCGCAGCACAUCUGCCUCCCCUCGACCUGCUGGAAAUAAACCCAAAGCUGAGAUUCAUAUUUCUGUGAUACCUGGAGUCACAGGAGAUCCUGGUACAGGGGGUGAACAGCCAAGUGCAGCAGCAUCCCUCCCAUCUUCUCACCACCCUACAGCUGCUGUACCCAGCCCUCCUUCUCAACCCGUUCCUCUGUCCAGCAGCAUACACAUUCCCCCUACUGCUGUCCCUGCCUUGUCUACACCACCUCCACUCCUGAAUAGUGCUCAGCCUGGAGUGCCCAUACCUGAAACAAAGGUUAAAGAGGAAGCAGAACCAAUGGACAUAACAAGACCAGUUUCAGCAGUGCCUCCUCUGGCCCCCAGCUCAAUCUCUUCUCCACUGGCUCUGCUGGCCAAUAACAUCUCUAUUCCUGUUGGGGAGUUGCCACCAGGUGCCUCGCCACGCAAGAAACCACGAAAGCAGCAGCACGUUAUAUCCACUGAGGAAGGUGAAAUGAUGGAGACCAACAGUACUGAUGAGGAGAAAUGUCACACCUUAAAACCUUUAUUAGCCCGCCCUGAAAAGCGCAAGUCUCCUCCAAAGGAGUAUAUAGAUGAAGAAGGUGUAAGAUAUGUCCCAGUCAGACCUCGACCCCCCAUAACCCUCCUGCGUCACUAUCGCAACCCAUGGAAAGCCGCAUAUCACCAUUUCCAACGUUACAGUGACGUGAGAGUAAAAGAAGAGAAGAAAUUAAGCUUACAAGAUAUAGCCAAUCAGAAGGGUAUUACUUGUCGGGUCCAGGGGUGGAAGACUCACCUUUGUGCUGCUCAACUGCUACAGUUGACUAAACUGGAGCAAGAUGUGUUUGAUCGACUAACUGUACUGCAGGAGGGACUUAUACCAAAGAAGAAAACUGCAACUGAUGAUGACUUGCACAGAAUCAAUGAGCUUAUUCAGGGUAAUAUGCAGCGUUGUAAACUGGUUAUGGAUCAGAUCUCAGAAUCACGGGAGUGCAUGCUUAAAGUACUUGAUCAUAAGGAGCGUGUUCUCAAAUUACUCAAUAAAAGUGGCGCAUCCCGCAGGAUAUCCAAAAUUAAACAUAAAGAUAAAGUGUGAGCCCAGGAAAAGCACUUCAGACUGUCUCAGUUGGUAAUAUGAGAUGAAUUCCUGCUUCUGUUCAGAAAUCGUUCCCUACUUGCCAGUACCAGCGGUUGAUUUAUAUAUACAUACUGUUUUUCUGGAUUUAGUUACUCAUUAAGUCCAGCCCAUAUCGGAACUUGGAUUGUAACAUAACAUUGCCUGAUUGGACCACCUCUUCAGAGCUUUGCUUGUUUUUUUUUCUUCUUGGUACUGCCACGUGAGCACCGGGGUAUCUGUGACAUGCGCACUUGUCCAUUGUGCUCUUUAUCUACUCACGAUUUCACAUGCGCUCUGUAAAAAUGAUUUGCUUUUUAUGAAGUUGUUUUUAAGGUCACAUCCACAAAACUUAACCCCAAUAUACUAUUUCUACAAAAGUUCAUUCAA